GCUCGCGUCGGGAAUCCUGUGCUGACAGUCCGUGUUCGCUGUGUUCGACAAGGGCGAGUUUCCCCGAAAUCCUUAGGACAUGGCCCGGAGAAUCGCUCUAGUUUCUGGAUCUAACAAAGGAAUCGGCUUCUCUAUCGUGAAGCUCCUCGUACAACGAGGAUUCAACGGAGACGUUCUGCUCACAUCGCGAGACGAAGGCCGAGGACGACAGGCCGUCAAAGAACUUUCCGAGAAGUUCAACGUCAAUGUCAAGUACCAUCAGCUCGACAUCGACGAUUUAGAAUCCAUCAGAAAACUCGGCGACUUCGUCCAGACAACUUAUGGGGGCCUUGAUGUGUUGGUCAACAACGCCGGCAUCGCAUUCAAGCGCGCUGCGACCGAUCCAUUCGAUGUCCAGGCCGAAGUCACGGUCAGGACAAACUAUUUCGGAACGCGCAACGUGUGCGACAUCCUGUAUCCCAUCCUUCGACCCGGUGCUCGAGUCGUGCACGUUUCGUCGAUGUGCGGUCAUUUGAGCAUGAUCCCGAGUCCCGAACUCCGCGCACGUUUCAACGCCAAGGAUCUUACGAUCGAACAGUUGAACGCUCUCAUGCAUGAGUUCGUCGCAGCGGCAAAAGACGGUACCCACAAGGAGAAAGGCUGGGGCAACUCGGCGUACAAUGCGUCAAAGGUCGGAGUAUCCGCCCUAGGAUUCAUCCAUCAGAGGCAGUUCGAUGAAGAUAGCCGUGAAGAUAUCAUCGUCAACGUAGUUCAUCCGGGCUACGUGGAUACGGACAUGUCAAGUCACAAAGGGCCGCUCACGCCCGACCAGGGAGCCGAUGCCGCAACGUAUCUCGCAAUGUUGCCGCCGAAGGACCCCGCCAACCCCAAGGGAGCGUACGUCUGGUACACAAGAGAAGUAUAUCCAUGGGAUGCCGAAUCGCUUCCGAGGGACUAAGCUCGCUCGAUGCAGCUGGAAGGCGCACCUUCCAAGCGACACUGUUGAUCCGCAGAAUAUUUGGAGAAACGUAAUGGAUGGUGAAUAAAUUGAAAUGCCCGGGA